AUUUACUUUUUUACUUUGGUGGUGGAUUGUCGAUUCCGUGGUUCGUUGUCUCCAGUUUCUAACGUUCCGUUGUGUGUGUUCAGUCUAGACUACCUAGUGGACUAGGUAGGUAGGUAGAUAACCGGUCAACGCAACGUUCAAACGCUCAACCGUCGUCGUCGGAAAAAGAACGCAACGCAAACACACGGCCAAAGAUUAGUUAGAUUAAUUAAAGUAUCCGAGUUUCAAUAGAUUAAAUAUCCAAAUCCGCGGUUUAUCUAACUCAAAUUGACUUUUUCUCUUAUACAUACAUAACUAAAUCUGCGUAUCUUUAUAUUUUCUGAAGUGCAAAACGCGCAGCAACAGAGAAAAUGACAGAUAAAAUGGCUGAAGAGAUUGUAAGUGGAGAUGAACCAUUUUUGGGCACUCUUGAUAUUGCUCUCUUAUUAGUACUAAUUGCUGGCGCAACAUGGUAUUUUAUGAGAAAUAGGAAAAAGGAAGAAGCCCCAAUUCGUUCCUAUUCAAUACAGCCCACAACAGUUAGCACAAUAUCAACAGCAGAAAAUUCAUUUAUAAAAAAACUGAAGGCUUCAGGUCGUAGUUUAGUGGUUUUUUAUGGUUCUCAAACAGGCACGGCGGAAGAAUUUGCCGGACGUUUAGCAAAGGAAGGUUUGCGAUACCGUAUGAAGGGAAUGGUCGCUGAUCCAGAAGAGUGUGAUAUGGAGGAACUACUUCAAAUGAAGGAUAUCAACAAUUCAUUGGCUGUUUUCUGUUUAGCAACAUACGGCGAAGGUGAUCCUACUGAUAAUGCAAUGGAAUUCUAUGAAUGGAUUACGAAUGGCGAUGUUGACUUGUCUGGGUUAAAUUAUGCGGUGUUUGGUCUAGGAAAUAAAACAUACGAGCAUUACAAUAAAGUCGCAAUAUAUGUUGAUAAGCGUCUAGAAGAACUGGGGGCAGCUAGAGUGUUUGAACUUGGUCUUGGAGAUGACGACGCUAAUAUUGAGGAUGACUUUAUUACGUGGAAAGAUCGUUUUUGGCCCUCAGUAUGCGAUUUCUUUGGAAUAGAAGGUGGUGGGGAAGAAGUACUCAUGCGUCAAUUCAGGUUGUUGGAGCAGCCAGAUGUGCAGCCCGAUCGCAUAUAUACUGGCGAAAUAGCACGAUUGCACUCCAUGCAGAACCAGCGACCCCCUUUCGACGCAAAGAAUCCUUUCUUGGCCCCCAUUCUUGUCAAUCGGGAAUUACACAAAGGUGGUGGACGUUCGUGCAUGCAUAUAGAAUUAAACAUCGAAGGUUCUAAAAUGCGCUACGAUGCUGGGGACCAUGUGGCCAUGUAUCCCAUAAAUGACAAAGAAUUGGUAGAAAAACUGGGCGCACUAUGUAAUGCGGACUUAGAGACAGUAUUUUCGUUGAUAAAUACUGAUACGGAUAGCAGCAAGAAGCAUCCAUUUCCCUGCCCAACUACAUAUCGAACUGCAUUGACACACUACUUAGAAAUUACGGCUAUUCCUAGAACACAUAUAUUAAAAGAAUUGGCAGAAUAUUGUACAGACGAAAAGGAGAAGGAAUUUUUGCGAAGUAUGGCAUCCAUUACUCCAGAAGGAAAGGAGAAAUAUCAAAACUGGAUCCAAAACUCUUCGAGAAAUAUUGUACACAUUUUGGAGGAUAUUAAGUCGUGUAAGCCACCAAUAGAUCACAUUUGUGAAUUGCUUCCUCGCCUUCAGCCCCGUUACUAUUCUAUUUCGUCGUCCUCUAAGCUUUACCCGACAAAUGUGCAUAUCACUGCAGUUCUGGUUCAGUAUGAAACUCCAACGGGACGCAUAAACAAUGGUGUAGCCACAACGUACAUGAAAGAAAAGGACCCAUCUUCAGGAGAAGUCAAAGUACCAGUUUUUAUUCGAAAGUCCCAAUUCCGGUUGCCUACGAAAGCAGAAACCCCUAUUAUAAUGGUGGGUCCUGGAACUGGUUUGGCGCCUUUUAGAGGUUUUAUACAAGAGCGCCAAUAUUUGCGGGAAGAGGGUAAAUCUGUGGGUGACACUAUUUUAUAUUUCGGCUGCCGGAAGAAGAGUGAAGACUUCAUUUACAGAGAAGAACUAGAAAAAUAUGCGGAAAACGGUACAUUGACAUUGAAAACCGCUUUCUCCAGAGAUCAAAAAGAAAAGAUCUAUGUAACUCAUCUAAUCGAAAAUGAUUCAGAUUUGGUGUGGAAGGUAAUAGGCGAACAAAAGGGUCACUUUUACAUAUGCGGGGACGCGAAAAAUAUGGCUGUGGACGUUAGGAACAUUUUAGUAAAAAUUUUAUCAACCAAAGGCAAUAUGAGUGAAGCUGACGCCGUGCAAUACAUUAAGAAAAUGGAAGCUCAAAAACGUUACUCUGCUGAUGUUUGGAGCUAGAAAAAUUUGUAGCGGAUUUAAAUGAAAUCUACAUAUAUUUUUUUAAAUUUAUAUUUUAUCGACUCUAUCAAUGCUACAUUUUAUAUGCACUUAUGUAUUUUUGUACAGAAUCAAAACGUUACAAGUACAUAGUUCUUUUGGUUUGGGAAUAUUUUCCAUAUAUUACAAAGAUUUAUACGAUUUUUAAUUAGUAGAUCUUCUUUAUUGUAAUGAACAAAUAAAUGUAUAUUUUUUUGUAUAUUUUCUUCGUAAUUAUUACACUGAAACUAUUACGAACUAACAGCAAUGUUGUAAUUGAAUUGUUAAAAAUACAUUUUUAAUUGGUAAAGCGGACAAGUCUUCCAAAUCUAUUUUAAUGAUUUUAUGUCAAAUAUUCCACAAAUAUUUUAAUAAAUAUAUCCCUGCAAGUA